AUGGUGCAGAUGAGCUCCUCGCUCCCGAACUUCACUGGCAUCAUCCUAACUCAAGACGACUUCUACCUCCGCCUCGUCGAGGAGCUCGGCAGUGGUGCUUACGGAGUCGUCUACCUCGCAGAAGACAUCUCCCCCACGCCACGCGGCCCGCGCUACUAUGCGGUGAAGUGCAUGCUCCGCUACCCCGAACGCUCCGAGCUCGCAGGCCAACAGCGGCGCGAGCUUGCGCUACACGCGGCGCUCGCUGACAUCCCGCACGUCGUGGGGCUGCACGCGAUCAUUGAGGAGGAGCUCCACGUCUACCUCGUGCUCGACUUCUGUCCUGGCAGCGACCUUUUCAGCGCGAUCAUGGACCGAGCUGCGUACGCGCAGAACGACGAGGCGAUUCGACGGGUGUUCCUGCAGAUCAUCGACGCGCUCGCCGAGUGCCACGCGCGGGGCGUAUACCACCGCGACCUCAAGCCAGAGAAUAUUCUCGUCUCUGCGGACGACCGCGACGUGUUUCUCGCCGACUUCGGGCUCGCGACGCGCAGUACGCGCUCCACCAAUUUUGGCUGCGGAAGCUCCUUCUACAUGAGCCCAGAAUGCCUCGGCACGCCUACAGCCCCGUCCGGCAAGGGAAAGCCCUACCGCACCGGGCCGUCCGACGUCUGGUCGCUCGGAACCAUCCUUUGCAACCUCGUCAGCGGGCGCAAUCCGUGGCACAUCGCCUCCGCCACGGUCGACAACGGGUUCCGUACAUACCUCCGUGAGGGCCCGGCAUGGCUCCACGCAAACCUCCCGAUUUCGGCAGGCACCGCCGCGAUCCUAGGCGCGAUCUUCGAGCCUAGCCCCCGUCGGCGCAUCACGCUCCCCGUACUCCGCGAGGCCGUCCUCCAGCUCGACUCGUUCUUCCCCGUAGCUCGCCCC